GCCCGGGUGGGGCGGACUCUGGCCUCACUCUCCUGGAGAGCGGACAGACGGACGGGCGGACGGGGCGGCUCUCCUUGCAGCCGCUCGGACCGCGGGGCCUUGGCACACGGGGCGCUUCCCCAGGUCGCAGUCAUGGCCGCGGAGGCGGCACGCCCGAGCUGCCGCGCUUGAGUUCCGGGGGGCUCCGGACCCCGCAGGCUUUGUGACAGAACGUGUCUCGGUGUGGACCUUUCAUUGAUCCUGGAUUGAUUGUGUUCCUGUCUCUAAGGUUUUUCCCUGCCUAAUUGAGGGAACAUAGUCGUCAUUGGCUUUUGAUUGCUCUCACAUCUGGUGUGGCCUCUGUUUCAGGUCACAUCUGAAAGUCCUCUGGACCUCAAGCUUAGAAAGGUGUGCAAGAUCUCUUCUUACAGGUUUGAGGCCUCAAACCUUCUGGGAGGACUCCCUGACUGCCUUGGAGCUGACAUUUCCUGUCACCGAGUAGACUGAACUUCACACUGACCUGAGCUCGUGGCUUGAAGUAGAUGAUACCAAGUCUGUGGAAAUAGCUGUCUCUAUCACAAGGGGAAGUGUGUUUCCUCCGCCAUCAGAGCACUGUGCAGUGACUCCUGCCCCUGUGAAGAAGCACAGACAGGAGCGUCCGCAUGCAGAAGGACCUCUUAAAGUGCAGGGAAGAUGGAGAGGUGUGCCACAUUAGAGCCAUUGAAAGGAACACGUUGAGUCCAGUCUGGUGACCCAGGACGUGCCCCAGCUCUAGUGACGCAGUCUGCCUUUCUGCUCGGGAACAUCAUCUGUGCCUCAGACUUGCUCCUCUCAGCCUGAGACCGCGUGGAAACUGGGAUGUAGGAUACAGGAAGCAGAGAUAGUGGUAACCGAGAGGCCCAUGUCUGGGUAGAUCCAGGUCGGGGACCACAACGCUGCCUCCCCCUGGGCCUGGCGGUUGGCUGCUGGGGCUCUGCUGACGUGCUCAGCACAGUCCUGUCCUUCUGUUUGCACUUAAAUGGCACAGCAUUUGGUCAGCGCAUCUGAAAAGGAAAGUGUGUGAGACAAAGCCCAUGGCUACCUACCCCUGCCAGUUAUGUGGCAAGACCUUCCUCACCCUGGAGAAGUUCACUAUCCACAGUUAUUCCCACUCCAGGGAGCGACCUUACAAGUGCUUGCAGCCAGACUGUGGCAAAGCCUUCAUUUCCAGAUAUAAAUUGAUGAGGCAUAUGGCUACACAUUCACCCCAGAAAUCUCACCAGUGUGCUUAUUGUGAGAAGACGUUCAACCGGAAGGACCACCUGAAGAACCACCUCCAGACGCACGACCCCAACAAGAUGGCCUUUGGGUGCGAGGAGUGUGGGAAGAAGUACCACACGAUGCUGGGCUACAAGAGGCACCUGGCCCUCCACGCGGCCAGCAGUGGCGACCUCACCUGUGGGGUCUGUGCCCUGGAGCUGGCGAGCACCGAGGUGCUGCUCGACCACCUCAAAGCCCAUGCCGAAGAGAAGCCCUCGACGGGCACCAAGGAGAAGAAGCACCAGUGCGACCACUGCGAGCGGUGCUUCUACACCCGCAAGGAUGUGCGGCGCCACCUGGUGGUCCACACGGGCUGCAAGGACUUCCUGUGCCAGUUCUGCGCCCAGAGAUUCGGCCGCAAAGACCACCUCACGCGCCACACCAAGAAGACCCACCCGCAGGAGCUGCUGAAGGAGAGCCUGCAGUCUGCAGACCUUCUGAAUACUCUGCACUCUCUCUCUCCCCAGUUCCAACUGAAGGCUGCCCCACUGUCUCCUUUUCCGAUAGGGGCCCCUAUACAGAAUGGGCUUGCCGGUAGCCUGCCAGCUGAGGUACACACCCUCAAUGCCUUGGAGCAGCCCACCCAGCCGAUACCGGUGCUGUCAGAGCUCCUGGCCCCCCUGCACCCCAUGGCCACCCCCAGCUCCCCCCCCGCACCCCCCCAGAACCACAAGUACAACACCGGUUCUACCUCAUACCCCCCACUUGCAGGCCUGCCAGUCAAAACAGAAACUAAAGGGUAUUGCAGUGCCAAUUUGCUUGAGGACUUGCCUCUGCAAGAGCCUCAGUCACCUCACAGGCUCAAUGCAGGUUUUGACCUGGCUAAGGGAGGUGCAGGCAAAGUAAACCUGCCCAAAGAGAUAGCCGCAGAUGCUGUGAACCUGUUGCCUGCCUCUCUGGACCUCUCCCCUCUGUUGGGCUUCUGGCAGCUGCCCCCUCCUGCUACCCAGAAUGCCUUUGGGAGUAGUGGUCUUGCCCUGGGGGCUGCGGAGCCUCUGCCGCAUAGGCUGAGCUGUCUGGGGCAGCAGCCCCAAGACCCCUCACUCGCCAUGAGCACUAUGAGCCUGGGCCAGCUCCCCCUCCCUCACAUCCCCCAUGUUUUCCCACCUGGCACUGGUUCGGCUAUCCUGCCUCAUUUCCACCAUGCAUUCAGAUGAAUGGUUUUUGGUUUUUUUUUAAGCAUACUUUUCUUACUCUGAAAGAUAUUUUGAGAAGCAUUGAUAUCAGCUAUGAUAAGAUAUUUUGAGAAGCAUUGAUAUCAGUUAUGAUAAGAUAUUUUGAGAAGCAUUGAUAUCAGCUAUGAUAAUAUCAUCAGCUAUGAUAAUACAAGGAAAGAUUUAGGAAGCAGCACUAGAAUAUGGCUUAUUCAGUGAUGACUGGCUUGAGAGAAGAGAGUUCUCGAACUGCAUGUAUUGUGCCAAUCUGUCCUGAGUGUGUUCACGCUUUGUACCAAGUUUAAUAAGCAAAUACUCUUCAAUGGAACUGCAACCAUUAUCAUAACCGACAUCCAUAUGAGGGCUGCUAUAUAUUGGUGUAGCUAUAUAUUGGUGUUUGUCAACUUAAUCGUAAGCCAUGAUCAUCAUAAUGUUAGCUAAAUAACUUUAUGUGGCACUGCCUAGGAAGGGAACUAUGGAAAGGUUUGGAUUUCUCCAAAAUGGCAGGAUUUUUAAAAUAAGAAAGUAAUCUUUAUAUCGCAUAUUAUCACUAGGCUGUGUAUUUCUUUUCAGGGAAUUUUCUACCUUCAGGGUUGGAUGUAGUUUAGUUACUAUUGCCAUAGCCAACCUGUAGUUUUACAGAAACAAUUUCUUGUGGAAUAAUAGACGUCUUCAUUUUAAAGCAUUUAAAUGUAGUUUGAAUAUUUUCCACAGGAUGCUACAAUGUGAGUUAUCACUUCAUUUAUCUUAAAGACUAAACUGUCAGUUAUAUCUGACAGAAAAAAAAAAAAUCACUGUGUAACCAGGUUAAGUGGUAAAAUAAUCCAGGCGUCAGUCAAAAUAAGCAUUUUACUGACUUUAAUAUUGAUUAUAUUUUUAACAGGAAUUUAAGAAUAUUACUGGAAUUUUAAAGUAUAUAUAUAUAUCUAUUAAGCAAGAAUUUCUUUUGCUCUGCUCUGUCUGGCUUAAAAUACUACUCUGCUUAAGUAUUUUUAAUCACCAAUAAGUAAAUGCAUUUUAAAAUUCAUCAUUUAAGUCAAUAUUAGUUUUAUUCAAGAAAUAUAACGUUUUACAAUGUGUAACUAUAAUCUAUCUCUGGAAUUUGGUAUCUAAUGAGUUUUUGAACUAUAAAACCUAACCUUCUUUUUUUAAAGCUCCUCUGUCUUUUGUGUUUAGAGGCUUUCAAUAUGAAGAUAUAUCUUACAUAUAAUAAAUAAAGUACAAAUUCAGCAAA